GUGAGGCUUUGCUGGAGCCGGCGCUGGCAGCCGGGGCUUCGCUAGACCCUGCGGACCGGGCGCCGGGGGCCGCGUUCGUCCUCCCCCGCCCCGCAGAGCGCGCGGCCUGUGAGGGCUCGAACCCCGGACCGCCGCGAGCGAGAGCGCGACCUUCGGCCCCGAGCCCCCGGGUGAGCGGCGCGGGCAGAUCUCAAGGAAUAAAAUAAAGCAGACACAGUUCAUCUCUAGAAGGACUUGAUAUCCUGUCUUUUGAGAUUCUUUAUAUUUAGAAUCUGAGAAAAAAAUGGAAAAAGAGAAAAUCAAUGACGAUGGUAAAUCAGGCUCAGCGAAUUCAUUGGACUUUCCUGAACACUUUAACCAACUUGAAUUGCUAGAAACACAUGGACACCUUAUUCCCACUGGGACUGAAAGUCUCUGGGUAGGAGAUUCUGAUGAGGAAGAGGAGCAAGAGGAAAAAGCUGAAGAGUGGUAUCAAUUACAAGAAAAACAAAUGGAAAAUGAUCCAGGCAAACUGCUGCUUUGGGCUGCUGAGAAAAAUCGGCUGAGCACUGUGCGAAGGCUGCUGGCCAAGGCGGCGGCCCAGGUGGACACCAGGGACGAGGAUGAGUACACGGCGCUGCACCGCGCGGCCUAUGGCGGCCACGUGGAGGUGGCCCGGGAGCUGGUGGCACACGGUGCGGACGUGCACGCCGUGACAGCAGACGGCUGGACACCCCUGCACAGCGCCUGCAAGUGGAACAACGUCCGCGUGGCCUCCUUCCUGCUGCAGCAGGGCGCCAACAUCAACGCCCAGACCCACAGCCGGCUGACGCCGCUGCACCUGGCCGCCGGCCACAGGGACGCCCGGGACACCCUGGAGCUGCUGCUCCUGAGCCGCUACCUGCAGCCCGGCCUGAAGAACAGCCUGGAGGAGACGGCGCUGGACAUCGCCAGGCGGAGCAGCGCCUGCCACUACCUCUUCGACGCAGCCGAGGACUGCACCCGGACCUCCCCGCCCUGACGGCCUCCCGCCUGCCCCAGUCCCUGUCCCCCAUCUGCUGCUCGAGGGAGACGCCGCUGUCACAGGGCCUCGGACAGAGCCCCGGGUGCCCAGCCAGGGUCCUCCCAGUGGACCUGCCUGAGCUGACUCAGGUGUUUGAGACUCCGGGUUUUUAACUCCCCUGUACGUCAAAGCCUGUCAUGGCUUAGUCAGGAAACUGCUAUUUUUAACUAUCGCCAUCUUGGAUGGUUGAGGAUUCCGUAUACUGACAGUUACCUUUACAAGGUGAGGUCCUGCAGAAUGGGACCAGCACAUCUUACCAAGUGCAUAGUCUGCAGCUCAGCUGUCUUUGCACCAAGCAGCCUUCUGCUUCUGCUCCAGACAUUAGAUCUGAGGUAUCAGCUGGGAUAAGUUCAGAAGGCAUCAGAAAUCCCCAUCUUUGCGUUCAGAGCACAGACUACCUGGGAGGAGUUGGCCGGGUGCUAAUCCUGCCUCCCACAGCGGCUACCUGCGGCGCCCCGGCCUUGCCUCCUGCAGCCCAGCCACUCUGGUCUGUGUGCUCUCCUGCAUUCAUGCUGAAGGUAUGGGCACUGCACACUGAGGCCCCAGAGAUAGAGGCCAGGCCGGUCUCAGCGUGUGGGGCUGAGUGUCCCCCUAGAGGCAGAGCCAGUGUGGCUGCAGCUUUCCUGCAGAGCUGUAGUGUGGACUGCAGGAAAAGCAGAGGGCCCAGCCCAAGCCCCCAGCCACCAUGGGGAGUGACACACAGAGCCUCACAUCUCUCUCACCCUCUGUCUGAAAAGGAAAAAAACAAAAAAAGACUUGCCACGAACAGAUACCAAACUCCAGUGAAGCCUUGGUGGCAAGAAGAAGAAGGGAAAAAAUAACCAAAACAGCAUGUACCAGCAGUGAAUCUACCUAAUAAAGUUCACAUGAAAAAUUCCACUUUACUUAAUGCUAACUUUGGGGGCUGGUGUGUGAUUGGACCCAAGUUCAAAUCCCCAGUCCCCACCUGCAGGGGGGAAGCUUCAUAAGUAGUGAAGCAGAGCUGCGGGUGUCUGUCUCUCCCCUUUUAUCUCUGUCAUAAGAGGCAAAGCAAAUUUUUAGAGUUAAAGAUGGGGAAUUCACAAAACCUGAUUUCAGAACUAAGCAUGGAGCAAAAGUAUUGAGAGGGUGAUAUUGGAGAGACGAGACUGAGAAUGGAAUAGAGUCUAGAAGUAGAUACUGAUAAGAGCAACUGGUUUUUGACAAAAGUGUAAAAGACUUCAAUGGGAAAUGCUCUUAAAUAAAGAGCUGAGGUGGGCCCGUGGGAUAGCUCACCUGCCUGUGCGCCAGCUCCCACCACCGUGCAGGAAGCUUCAGCGCUGUGGUGUCUGUCCAUCUGGCUCUCUGCCUCUUAGCUGAAAAAGCCCAGAACAGUGAAGACCCAGGAGCUGCAACAGAAGGAGAGAAGAAACCACGCUGGCAUGGCCGCAUCAAGAUGAGUAGGGGGACAGUACAGCGCUCUGGUGUGGCCCUCCCUGCCCCGCCCUCCAGAAUCCGUCUUCACAGACGGUGUGAGGUCACCCGCGAAAGCGCCCUGUAUCAGCGCCGGAUGGCAGCACACCUGGGUGAGCAUGUUACCAGGCACGAGGACCCGGGUUGAAGUGCCCAUCCCCACCGGCAGCGGGAAAGCUUCAAGAGUGGUGAAGCAGGGCUGCAGGUGUCUCUGUCUCUCUCCCUCUCUCCCCCCUUCCCUCUUGAUUUCUGUCUGUCUCUGUCCAGUAAAUAAAGGUAAUCAAAGAAAGUG